AUGCUCGCCGCCGCCCUCCUCGCUCUCGCCGCCCCGGCCCUCGCCACCAUCUACACCACCAACCCCGUCGCCUCCACCAGGGCCAAGGGUGGUGAGGUCCUCGAGAUCACCUGGCAGGACGAUGGCUCUGCCCCUUCCCUCGAGACCAUUGGUGUCUGCUCGGUUGACCUCUGCAUCGGCUCCACCACCAAGCAGCUCUGCAUCCAGAACCUCGCCGAGUCGGUCGACGUCUCCAAGGCCUCCACUAUCUCGACCACCAUCGACGCGUCCAUUGGCGAGAACUACGAUGCCUACUUCAUCCGCUACACGGCCGACAACUACACCGACAAGGGCCAGGCCUACAUGCAGUUCUCUGCGCGCUUUGCCCUUACCGACAUGACCGGCAACUUUACCGCCGAGCAGCAGACCUACGCCGACGACAAGGGCGCGACUGCGUCGGGCUCGGCGUCUGGCUCCGCUUCGGGUUCGGCCCGCCCCUCGUCGUCGGCCGCCCCCUCGUCGGCUUCGUCCGCCAGGCCCUCGUCGGCGUCGUCGUCGGCCUCUGUCUCCCGGUCCGCCUCCGCCUCCGUCUCGGCUCCGGCCACCACCACUUCGUCAGGUGCCGAGGCCAUGAUCGCCCCCUUCGGCUUCGCCGUUGCCGCCGUCAUGGCCGCUUACGUUGCGCUCUAAGCUCCCUCCUCGCUUAGCUUUGCGCAUCUCUCCCCUCACAACACCUUCCUCCUCUCCUUCCCUCCUCCCAUUAUUGCCUUCUACAUCCCGUUAGUUUGAGGGUUGCUCGCCUUGAUGGUGGGCCUUCAUAGCGAUUCUGCAUGUUGUGCACUUCG